AUGGUCUCUUACUUCUGCGGAACGAACGGGGCAACAAAUGGUGAAAACUGCAAAGUAAAGGACCCAAAGAACGUGUCAAAAUGGGGCCAUAAGAACGACUGGAAUAAAUUGAGAGUUGCGACGGAUAUUGCGAAAAAUCAUAUUGUCAAGAAUUAUUACAUGAUUGGCAUUUUGGAGCAUUUUAAUGAAACCUUGACGCUGUUCAGCAAAAUGCUCCCAGAAUACUUCGAUGGCGCGCACGCUGCCAAGCAUGAUCCCUGGGCUGUUCAAUUCGGAUCAUCAUCAAAAACCGCUAAAAAUCCGGGAUACUCACCAGAAACGGCGAAAAUUCUAGAGUCCGGGCCGCUGCGAUACGAAAUGGAACUUUACAAUCUCUGUAAAAAGAUUUUUUACGAAAGACUGAAAUACUACCAGAUCGAGCUAGGAGAAGAAGUGGUUUUCGACAAAUCAAAGCACACGAAAUUUAUUCCUCGACAUGUUCAUCUUCGAGAUUGA